UUUCAUGUUAUAAUUUUAUUUAAAUGUCAAAUCACUUUAAUUUAUGUACAUUAUUUGUAAAAACAGCCUAAUAGGUCUUUAUUUGUAUUUAAAAUGCCAGUUUUAUUUACAUUUUUUAAUAAUCGCAGUAUAAUCCUACAAUGUUUGUCAUUUUUGUUCAUUAUAAUAAACAUAUCGCAAGCUCUUAGCAUUAAUUUAAAUAAGAAUUAUCAAUUUUUACAUGAGUUAAAUCCUAGAAUACAUUUGUUCUCAUUUAUUAGGCCUCCAUCGCAAUCGUCAAACUCUGGAACUUUGAAUAAACAAGUUUUUUCUUAUAAGAAGCUUUUUGGACGUGAAGAACUACUGACUGAGAAUGAUGUGUACAGAGGUUCACUGGAAAAUGGACUAAAAUACUCAUUUUACAAAAAAGAUACACCUACUUUGGAAGCUUAUUUACAAGUAUGCUCGGGAAGCGCAGAUGAAAAGGAUAAUCAAAGAGGAAUAGCCCAUUUAUGUGAACACGUGACAUAUAUGGGUAGCAAGAAAAGAACUAGACUUUGUAAUUAUUCAGUUAAAACAAACGCCUUCACUGACUACAAUCAGACAGUUUUCUUUGUUAAAACUGAUAGCGAGUUGGGUUGUAACACAAAAAAGGAAAAAUUACACAAGGUUCUUGACACACUGUUGGAUGUUGUAGAGGCUCCUUCACAAUUUAGUCAAUAUGAGUUGGAUAAGGAAAGAAAGGCAGUUUUAUCAGAAGCAAAAAUAAUCACAACGGCAGAGUACUACAAAAAUUGUAACACAGUAAAGACAAUUCAUAAAGAAAACAUAUUGCCCGUGAGAUUUCCAAUUGGAGACCUGGAUAUGAUUAUGAAUUAUAAAGUUGAAGAUCUGAAAGCAUACCAUUCUCAACACUAUAUACCAGAUAAUAUACAAUUGUUUAUACAAGGAAACCUGGAUGAGACAGAUGUUUCGGAAACGAUAAAUGAUGUGUUUUCAAAAUUGGAAAACCCACCUAAUCUUAAAGAAAUAAGGCUACUUUAUAAGAAUACGGAAAAGGCAAGGAGGAAAGGAAUGCCACCAGUAACGCACAUAUAUAACCAGAAGGAACCCGUGUUUGAUGUUUGGUUGUGUGAUAAGCUUCCGUGCUUUUCAUUUGAAAUAUUAAAGAAGUUGCCAAUCCCACCAAUAAGAACAUUCUCAGACUACUACAACUUCAUACUAAGCAAAUUAGUAUAUAAGAUUCUGAGUAUCAAUUUCAUGAUAUUUAAGAGGGACACCCAACUUUACAAUAACGUUGAGGCAAACGACUAUGACUGUGUGAAUGAAGGAUGUAGACUACGGUCGCUGGAUAUAAAGUGUGAUACUGGUGACUGGAAGAAUUCAGUAUUUUACGUCAUUUCUGAAAUUGGGCGUUUUCUAGGGGAGUGUGUGAGUAACAAGUUUUUGGAUUACGCAAAGGAUGCACUGCUGUAUGAUUUCGAGACUAAGAAUUACAAAGAAAACAAUACAGCAGACUUUAUAGAGAAUCAUAUAUGUGAUAGAGCAAACCUAGAUAAGAAUCAAACAAUAAAGUUAAUUAAGAGAAGCUACGACGAUAUUGACCCUAAUAAUGUUUUACAAAGAUUAAAUGAUAUGUUCAGCUGGUAUAAAGGUGAUUUGAGGGGUUUAAAAGUUCUUGCUACAACCCCAGUACAAAAUGUUACAUUGGAAGAACUGAGGGAACUUUUCAAUCAUGCGAUUACUACAAAAAUUAAAUUUAGUAGUUUGCAAGUAAACCUACCCGACUCCCUAUUGGACAAGAAACACGUUGAAGAAAUAAAAGCAAGGUCUAGCGAUAACAUAUUCCCACAACUGGAUAAAAACUUUCAUAAGGAGUCAUUCGAUUAUGAAGGAUACCUUUCAAACUUGAGUGAACCGAACAAGAACUUGUUUAAACGAUAUUACAUGGACUUUAAGGAAUAUUUGAACUUGUCGAAACAUGUUGAGCUGUGUGUUCCAACCCCAAGAAGAGAGUGCCCAGAGAUUGAGUCUAUUUUGGCUAAACAAUUUGACUGUGACUUGAAUCAACAAGAAAAUUCACAUAUAAUUUACAAUUUAUUACAAGCACAGAAACCAUUAGUAAGAACACAACCCUGUGAACUUUAUAAAAAAACACUUGAAAAUGAAAAAACUACCGAUAUAAAUACGAGUGAUCUGAAUAGAAAUCAAACUGAAUUAUCAAAAUCUGAUCCUAAUAACAAAAAAACUGAAUCAUUAUCUGAUUUAUACGACAUGUACACUUUGAACAAUAAUGUUAGAGUUAACACCAGACGUACAGACGAUAAUUCGGUGUACCUAUCAGCAAAUAUACCAAUAUAUGAAUAUAUAUUAAAUAACAGGAUACCAGAACUGGGAAAUAAUUCGGACAGGGAAUCAAUAAUUAAAACGAAUAAGCUGAUGCUCCUUUUAAUAUCAACUAGCCUGAUGGAAAGCGGUUCAAUGGGUUCGUUGGAUAGAAAGCAGGUGGAAUUAUUUUGUGAACUCAACUCAAUUAAUGUUAACAUCUCACUCAACUAUGACUAUCUUAACAUCUCAAUAAAUGUACCGUUCACGAGUAAUAAUGGAGAAAAUAAUGUUAAACCGUUGGAAUAUUCACUGCAGAUUUUAAAUAACAUACUAGAGAAUUAUCGCAUAACGCAAGACGAAUUUGACAGAGCUAAGCAGAAAAUCACGUCAGAUCAUAAGAAAUACAUCAAAGAUAUUAAGAAUUAUGGGAUUGGUGAGCUCUUGCAUAACAUGAGUGGAGGCAUUCUUGGAUUUGAAGGACUGGAAAUUGAUAAAUUAGACGAAAUUAAAUAUGAAACUGUAGUAAAGGAGACUAAAAAAUUGGUUAAUAGCACCGCUAAGGAAGUCAAUGUAGUGAGCAACUUUGACCUGAAGAAGCUGAGGAAAUACGUUACUCAGUAUUUGAGUAGCUCAUUAAUAGUAUCGAAGAAUACAAUCACAGAUGAGGCAAAAAGUGAAUUGAACCAAUUGGAAUUUAGUAAAACAUCGUCUACUUCUCAUUUUUUAGACAAUUUUGAGUCUCAGCUAUACUACAGAAAGAACAUGGUUAAGUUCUUUGAUGAUGUCACAGACAAAGCAAUUGUGCUGGUGGGAGGACACGCCCCAAAUGCCAGCGGAUUUAUAACUGAUGGGACACACAUUUCAAAACUGUUGGAAAACACAUUCAGAGAUUCCUCUGAAACAAAAGAAGAUAUAGAUAAACUGGCAAUAAUGAGGAGAGAGUUGUGGAUGCACCCAGCGUUCCCAAAAGCGGCUUCUGAUUUGUUUUCAGAGGCCCUAAACUCCGAUUUAUUCAUGAAAUUGAGGACUAUGAAGAAUUUGACAUAUGACACGAGGUUAGAAGUCGUGACAAACGACAUUAGUGAUAGCUUUUUUGUGAUUUCAGCGUUCAGCAAUAAAAGAAACUAUCCAGUGAUUUUGUCAGAAAUAAUUAAUUACCUGAAGAGACUGUCAAACCAGGAAUUAGACUUCGGUAAAACUUAUUUGGACAACUGUAAGAAAUUAAUAAAGGCCAAAAUUAAGGAGAAGAAGCAAGGGUACUAUGCAGGCAAUAUGUCUGGAAUACAAUUGGAACAGGCCUUAACAAAGAAUAUACUUUCAAUAACUGAAUAUGAGAAGGUGCUGGACGAAAUAACUCCUGAAGAUUUCACACUUCUAAUGACCUCACAAGGGUUCGGAAUUGAUCCACAUAACAUGUACACCAGAGUAUUAUAUUCUGGUGAUUAAUAACGUGCUAACCUUCUUUUUACAUUUCUAAACCAUAAAGUAGUGCUCAA